AUGGCACUGUCAACCCGUGUUAAGGAUGGCGACUAUAUCAAAAAGGCGGAUCUUAAAGAGGGCGAUCUGGAUGGAUAUGAACACUACAAGACUAAACCGGUAUCAGUGACAGCAGACGGGAAGGAGACAGAGGAGGAGCUUGUAAUAUACCGGAAUAAAGAUGGAGGGUUAAAGCAAAUCCUAACAAGCUCAAGUAAGCCCAAGAGACAUCAUGGUCAUGGUCAUGGCCAUAGUCAUGAUGAUUACUACGAAACUCGUACAACCCGUACAAUCAGUAAAACCUAUGAGACUGGAGAACAGAAAGCUAUCUUCAAUAUUAACCUGGCUUAUAAACCAAACGUUACUAUCACGCCGGAAGCCAGACCCCAUAGAAGACAUCAUGGAGAACGCCGAGAAAGACAUCCCUCUCGCGAUAGAGAAGCCUCUAAAGACCGCACCGCCAGACAUGAAAGGAGACGCAAAGAGAAAGCCCUUCGCGAGGAGGAAAGACAGGGAACUAAAAAAGGAUCUGAUCGUCCGAACAGUGACAGCAAAAAACUUCCUGCUGGUGGGACUUCCGACUAUGAUUCUGAAUCCGACGGUCCUGCGAUAGAGCCUGCUGCUAAAGCGUCUUCUGUGAAAGAGGGUGGCUCUAUUAAACCAUCUUCUAUAAGAACGCCUUCUAUUCAAGAGCCUGGAAAGAAUGGCGCUACAAGAGAACCUUCUCUGAGAACAGCUACUUUGAUAAAGGAGGGUUCAGUUAGAAACGGUUCUGUGAAAAAUGGUUAUGACAACGGCGGUGGCCCUAUGAGGGAAGGUAGUGUUGUGAAAAAUGGUUCGGUGAGAAAAGAUAGUUCAGUGAUAGAAGGAGAAUAUUCCCGAGAGCCAUUGCUAAGGGGAAGUCCACAACCGAGUAUUCUAAGUCAAGAAUCCAUUCGAAAAUCGAACCGAGAGCCAUCGCUAAGGGGGAGUCAACAAUCCAGUCGAAACUCGAACCGAGAUCCAGAUCAAAUUCCACCCCGAGCUCAAAGUCCUCUAGUACCACCUAUUGGCAAAUCAAGACCAAGAGGCUCGCUCCUCUCAAACCGCCCGGACUCCUUGAGAAGUGGGAAACAAAACGCGAAUCCUUCUUUGAGUUCGCUCUCUAAUAACCUCAGCGCAAUGCGUUUGAGUGGCAAUAAUGCCUCCGCGGUUUCCUUGAAUACCACAACAACGGCCUCUACACCAAGUGCGAAUGGUCAAGAAGUGGACAAAGAAGCUUCAAGUCAAAAUAAUUUCGUUGGGAAUCCGUCAGGCUCCAACUACUCAGAACGCGCGGAACGCCGACGAGCGGAAAGGAAUGCACCAUAUUUGAAGGAUGAUCCACAAUGA